UGCUUGUCCUGGCUUCGUCUGGAUCAUUGUCUAUGUCUCUCGACAUGUUCAGUACGCUGGUAGGAGAGGAAAACAAGUUUGCAUUGUCGGAAUGCGAUCAUGCAGGGUGAGGGUACUAGAGUUGACCGGCGUAAUUCCAUCUCGAAUUGCGAUGUUAGGCUCCGUCGACAGGUGGACAGAUCCCCGGAUUACCCCACAAAUUUCAGUUGGUAAGAUUCUCCGUGGAGAUGGAACUGGAAUGUACCCACACGUGGCUGUGAAUAGUCCUUCGCGACACAGAAGCUUCUCCAGACUUUCAGGGGCACUAUACUUAGGUGUACUUGGGUGUGUGUGCGGGCGCCUUCCGACUAGCCACCCCGACCGAAAUUGUGUCUGGAUGUCCAUUCAUGUGUCAUGCUGGACUAAUGUCUUGACACGAGGUGGAAACCAAUCAACGCCUGCUAGUGAAUUUCUGGAAGCCAGGCUUGUCGUAAAAUUCGAGUCGUUGCGACAGUUGAGUCAAGCAUCCUACCUACAUUCACAAGAUUUCCAAACCGACAAGCUUCCCCAGAGAAUUUGCGGGGUCCCAAACGCCACAAAAGGAAAGAACUCACGUUGCGAAACGGUUUCGAUAGGCUAACUGCCUAUGUCUAGUUACGGCUUUCAAUCUACCGACAUGCGUAACUAGCAUCGUACUACCACCGCAACCUGGUUAGCCUACGCAUCCUUUAGUAAACCUGGACAAUCUAGAUGGGGUGGCAUGCAAACAGGGCGAGAAGUACA